AUGAAAUCAACGAAAGCUAGUUUCAAAGUCGCAUUAACAAGUGGCAGAAGUAAAGUUCACAAGUCUUCGAAGAAGAUGAGAAACAAAGUUGGGAAUAAAAUGGACGUUGGCGUAAAUUUAUACAUGACAUACGCUGGGCCAAAAUCAAUACCCGGGACUCCACAUAUUAUAUCAAAUUUGGUAGAGAUUACAGACCAACGAGCUCCAACCAAACAUAAUUGCCAUAAAUCAAGGAGCUGUUCAGAGCAUAAUCCGAGCAAACAUUCAAAUUUAAAGAAUAAGCGAAGCAAAGUAACUAAAAAGAAGUUGAACCCAUUUAUUGGAUUCCGCAGCUACUAUGCCAAUUGUGUAAAAGGAAAAAUCAAGCAGCAGGAGCUAUCUGUACUCCUUUCUAAUUACUGGUCUACCAAUUACCAUAUUCAUAAGACAUGGGAGUUUUUCACUCAACACUAUAACAAGCACGACACUGGCAUGUGCUUCACGGACUGGCUGAAAAAGAACUACGAGAGCGAAACCGAGCAGCAACUUGAAAACACACAGAAAGCUAGUGUUAACGGUGAGCCCUUCAUUGAAGAUAUUUAUUCUAACACAGAUGAACUUUUGAAACGCUUCACUUCAAGGGAGCUUAUCGAUAUGACGAACUUGCAUAUCGAGUACCAAGAUUUACUAAAUUGUAGUAUAUCUUUAGAGGAUUCAUCGUUAGACAAUAGUACAAGUGCCUUAACUGCAGGUAUAAGGCAAAAUAGUGAUGCCAUAUUUUUUUGA